GAACCACCGCAACAACGAUUACAUAAUGACUCUCUGAGUCGCCAAACGUGCAUUCACGUCAACAAUGAACCAAGGUUUACAACCAAAGCCGGCCGUUUGCUCGCAUGUGGUCGCCCCUUCAUAAACCGGUGCUGCGCUCUUGAACAGUUCGCUCGUAUCCUGCAUCAACAACAUCAUUACAAGUGUACCAUCUCCGGCCUCUUCAACGAAGCUCUUGUCUUAUAGGAUAUAUUACCACGUUUCCACCGGUACUAUAUAAGUCAGAGAAGCCACAUAGCUUCACCGGCGCAGAGAUGAAUCUCAACAAUCUCAACCCCCGGCGAGCCACGCAGACCAUCAACCAGCUUGACGAGCAAAUUGCUCAGCUGAUUGUCCAGGUUGAUUGGGCCAACGAGCAUGCCCGUCAGCUGGAGGCAACCAACACCCGCCUUGACCAGCAUAACGGUCACUUACGCACGCAGAUCGGCCGUUUGGCCAAUCAGGUAACUCAGGUGAAUACGUUAAAUGGCCAGCUGCACCAGCAAAUCGACCAGAUGCAGAGCCAGACUGCGCAAGACAACAAUGAUGUUCAGCAGCUAAAUGAAGACGUCACACGACUGCAGACGACUGUUCAACAGCAAGUUGGGUUGAUCUGGGGUCUUCGUCGGAGGCGUGUGAGGGUGGGAGAGCAAUUACACAUUUUCGUUCACGCAUCUUGUCCCACAGCCUGCCAACCUGAACGACCUCCAGCAGACUUGCGGGAUGCUUGUUCAAGCUGGUGAGAUCGUGACACACGGAUCGGACGGCGCCCACGGUGCGCACUACGGUAACGCGAUCACCAACGCCGCCUUUGCUCUAUUUGGUCCAGCGAUCGUCGAGACGUGCCUCGCGCAAUACCACCAAGCUACGCGCGGCGCGAUUAACGGGACGGGAGGUCAGUCUGGC